UGCCAUUUCUGGAAGAAAUUGAAUCUUUUUCUUACAGCCGGAAUAUUUUCAUAAAUAAGUGUUAAAUUGAAAUGACUUCUUGAUAAACUUCUUCAUUCCAAUUGACUAAUGAAAUUUUCAUAGAUUACGAAUAAAAUCAAUUCAUGAAUAGAAAAAUUAUCAAACAUUGAAUAUGGAAAUGCGGAUAAUGUGGAAAAAAUACGGUCAUCGGACAUGCAGCUGGAUGUCGGGUGUCGGGAGAGAUCGAAAUUAGGGUUGGCAUCCUGGAACGCCCUCCCCUGAAAGUUCUGGAUUGGUCCAAGUGCGGUGGCUGCAAGCGGGAGAUAAGGGCAAUGAAAAUUAUCUUUGCCACUUGCAGUUUUCCACACAAGUGAUUAUGGAAAUCCUUGGAUUGGAUGCUCGAUAUGUUUGACUUCAAUUUUGUUCCAAGAACCGUUCUGACGUGAGGAGUUGGUAUAGUUCUCGAUUAAAUAAGUGUAUUAUGAGUUCCAUCAUCAUCGGUUUUGAAUAAUUGAAAAUGCCUCUCAUCACUCCAUUUGGAUCUCCAGGAAGUAUUUUGGAUCGCUUCGAAAGUACACCCCCUUCACCAAGUAAAUUUUCAGAGCUUCAAGAUUCCGAUGAAGAGGAUGAAUUUUUUGAUGAAUACUCAGUAGCUGAUAGCGACGACGAUAAAAAAUCUGAUUUCAUCAGGACAUCUCACACUCUACAGGCAUCACAUGUGGAUUCCACAACAAACAGGGGUAUAACCAGAAAAAUAUUCACAAACACCAGGGAAAGAUGGCGGCAACAAAAUGUAAGUGGAGCAUUUGGAGAAUUGAGAAAGCUGGUUCCAACGCACCCUCCUGACAAAAAAUUAUCGAAGAACGAAAUUCUCAGGAUGGCUAUAAGAUACAUCAAACUGCUGAGCAGCAUAGUUGAAUGGCAACAAGAGAACCGCAACGAUGUUGUCAUCACAUGUGAAUCGGUAUCGUCAGAUUUGCAAUUCUGUUCCAACAGCCUGAAUUCAAGGAUUAGGUUGAGAAGACAUUUAGUUUCACUGAACACACAGCCGUAUUUUUGUGACAAAAACGGUAAUAAUCUCCUGAUGAUCGCCCCUAACAACCACUUACCAUUGUCCUAUAAGAGACUCGGUAAUGACGUCAAGAAUCGAAAGAGAAUCAAACUAGAAAAUGACGAACACAAAGAAGAAGGAGAUUCAAACUGAACUUGUUUUUACGUAAUGAAAAAAAUUCAUUUCGAAAUAUAUCAGAUUUAAUAGAAUUAUUCUGUAAUGUUAUACAAACUCUUCGAUAAAAGUUAAUGUCUCCAAAGAUGUGAGUAGAAUGUAGAAUGAAAUGUUGCGACAUGCCUGAUCCUUAGUGGUAAGAGGAGGCAGUAGCCAUCUCUAUCAUUUCCUCUAUAACUGUUUCACUGACCGACUCAUACUAUAUUCAAUUUGCAUGUACACGUUGUAUAACCAUAUUACAGAGUAGAGCCAUUGUGUGAAUGUCUUUGUUAGCUUAUCGAAUCAGCUUGAAACUUUCUCAGGAGUUGGUAACUCCAUAAUUUUUAUCACGUGACACAAGAUUCAGAUACCUCGCUUCAUUGGUAGGUACCAAGAAAAUUACAUUUGAGAAAUAGAAUUUAAAGAAUCAUUAUAAACUGCUAUGAAAUAUAGUUAUGAAAGGAGAUAUUUGGGAACAUAAUUUGUGAUACAGAAUCCGCCAGAAAAUUAGAAAAUGGAUGAGAAAUUUCUAGCUCAAUCACCUUUUGUUGCCUGACAAUUGACAAUGAAAGUCAUUCGGCAAUCUGAAAAAAUAAAUACAAAAUAUCCAAUCCUGGAAAGCCUAUGACUUAUUUCAAAAAAUGAUGAACAUGUGUGAUCAGAGUUAAGGUAAGAUGAGAAUUUAAUAAACUUAUCCUAUGAACAACUUCUGAAUCAAUAAUCGGAUGUUGGUUUUGUGGACUUUGUUAUUGUCUUUAUAAUAUCCGCUUUCGGCGCUUUCCCUGUCUCUGCUCAGUAAUAGAACUAUUCUGAAAGAAAUAUUAUGUACCAAAAAGUUGAAAAAACUAUGCAAGUGGUGUCCUGGUUCACAUUUUUUGUGAUAUUCAUUCACCUCAUAGGUGUAUUGAUAAAUUAGCAUAGAUGUAAGUAUAAAUUAGGCUUCGAUGUCAUGAAAUUUACUAGAAAAAAAAUGUAUUAAAUUCUUCUUUAUGCAACUGAAAGUAUCUUUACAUGUGUCAUAAAUAAAAUUGUCUGAAAAUUGUUGUAUUCACAGUUCACUUAUCUGACUUAUCAAUUUAGUGAAGUUUCAUUAUAUUGGAUUAUUUGGAUGUGCAAUAAAAAAAUAAAUAAUAUUAUAAAUUCAA